CCGGGAGGUUGUCAGGGGCGUUGCUAAGCGGGGCCUAAAUGCCCAGUGAAGGCGGCAACCAACAUGGAGGCUGCAGAGAGUGAGGGCAACUUCACAACCCGAACCAUCUCGCCUGGGGAAUUAAUCAUGAGAUGAAGAGGAGUUUCACAGAGCUUGCAGGAAGAAAUCUUGCCUAAGGAAAUUACCACUUAGGCUCCACCUAUGCAAGCCUGUGGUUGCACUGAAAUACCACGUGUGCUCAAGACCUGGACUGUGCUCCAAGGGCAGAUCGUAAACUCAGCAAAUCACUGGAAUAGCGAUGAUACCAAAGCUGGUAUUAGUACUAUGGGAAGUUUAGUUAUCUCUCUCUCUCUUGCUGUCUCGCUUUCACUCUCCCUCUUUUUUUAAACUAUGACUAAUAUCCGUGAUGAAAGGUCAACCAGGUUGUCAUGACAACCCCCACCUCUUUUCAGGGGGAUCACUCGGCUCCUAAAUUCUUUGUUGGAUGCGAGGAGGAUGAAAUUGACGACCUGGAAUCAAACAUGAAGGCAGAAGACCGUGACGUUUUCGAUGAUGAAAAUGAUUCUGACUCGCCUCCUGAGCGACAAAUCCUGGUGGGGAUUUGUGCGAUGGCGAAGAAGUCGAAGUCGAAACCAAUGACUCAGAUCCUGGAACGUCUGUGUAAAUUUGAGUUUAUCGGUGUUGUCAUUUUUAAUGAGGACGUUGUUCUAAAUGAGCCUGUGGAGAACUGGCCAGUAUGCGACUGUUUGAUCUCCUUCCAUUCCAAAGGUUUUCCACUGGAUAAGGCAGUGGCUUAUGCAAAACUCCGGAAUCCCGUUCUUAUUAAUGACUUGAAUAUGCAAUAUUAUAUACAAGACAGGAGAGAAGUCUAUCGAAUUUUGCAGGAAGAAGGAAUAGAUCUUCCUCGUUACGCAGUGUUAAAUCGUGAUCCGGACCGACCUGAUGAGUGUAGCCUGGUGGAAGGAGAUGAUCACGUCGAAGUGAACGGAGAAAUCUUCCAGAAGCCUUUUGUUGAGAAACCCGUGAGUGCAGAAGACCACAAUGUGUACAUUUACUACCCUGUGUCGGCAGGGGGAGGGAGCCAAAGGCUGUUCCGCAAGAUUGGAAGCCGGAGCAGCGUCUACUCUGCUGAAAGUACCGUGCGUAAGACUGGUGCAUACAUCUACGAAGAGUUCAUGCCAACAGAUGGAACAGAUGUAAAGGUAUACACUGUCGGUCCGGACUAUGCUCAUGCUGAGGCUCGCAAAUCACCAGCCCUCGAUGGAAAAGUGGAACGAGACAGUGAGGGCAAGGAGAUUCGUUACCCUGUGAUGUUAACAGCCAUGGAAAAGCUAGUCGCCAGGAAAGUCUGUGUAGCUUUUAAGCAAACCGUCUGUGGUUUUGAUCUGUUGCGGGCAAAUGGGCAUUCCUAUGUUUGCGACGUCAAUGGAUUCAGCUUUGUGAAAAACUCGAUGAAAUAUUAUGACGACUGCGCAAAAAUCCUUGGUAACAUAGUUAUGCGGGAGCUUGCCCCACAACUGCAGAUACCAUGGUCCAUACCCACAGAGGCUGAAGAUAUUCCCAUUGUUCCAACUACCUCAGGAACCAUGAUGGAGCUACGCUGUGUAAUAGCAAUCAUUCGCCAUGGAGACCGAACUCCCAAACAGAAGAUGAAGAUGGAAGUCAUGCACCCAAAGUUCUUUGACUUGUUUGCGAAAUAUGACGGAUACAAGACUGGAAAGCUGAAACUUAAGAAACCGAAACAACUUCAGGAAGUUCUAGACAUUAGUCGUGAACUUUUAGCUGAACUCGGGCAACAUAAUGACUGUGAAAUUGAGGAGAAGAAAUCCAAGUUGGAACAGCUGAAGACUGUGCUGGAAAUGUAUGGCCAUUUCUCUGGAAUAAAUAGGAAAGUACAAAUAACAUAUUUGCCACAUGGACAGCCCAAGACAUCCAGUGAAGAGGAAGAUUCGAGGAGGGAGGACCCAUCCUUGCUUCUGGUGCUGAAAUGGGGUGGUGAGCUGACACCCGCAGGGAGGGUGCAAGCUGAAGAGCUUGGAAGAGCGUUCAGGUGCAUGUACCCUGGAGGGCAAGGGGAUUAUGCUGGCUUUCCUGGUUGUGGUCUCCUUCGUCUGCACAGCACCUACAGGCACGACUUGAAGAUCUAUGCGUCCGAUGAAGGCAGAGUGCAGAUGACAGCCGCGGCUUUUGCCAAGGGUCUCUUGGCAUUGGAAGGGGAGCUGACUCCAAUUCUGGUGCAGAUGGUGAAAAGUGCCAACAUGAAUGGUCUUCUGGACAGUAACAGCAACUCGCUUAGUUGCCAGCACCGCGUCAAAGCCCGGCUUCAUGAGUUCAUGCAGAAGGAUCAGGAGUUCACAGAAGAAGACUACAAAAAGCUGGCUCCCUCUGGCAGUGCUUCUCUUAUUAACUCCAUGAAGUUAAUUCAAAACCCUGUCACCACUUGUGAUCGAGUUUACUCCUUGGUUCAGAAUCUGACCUCGCAGAUUAAGAAGAGGUUAGAAGAUCCCAAAUCAGCAGACCUUCAGCUGUAUCACAGCGAGACCCUGGAGCUAAUGCUGCAACGCUGGUUAAAGCUGGAGAAGGAUUUCCGAAUGAAGAGCGGCCGUUAUGACAUCAGUAAAAUUCCGGACAUCUACGACUGCAUCAAAUAUGAUGUUCAGCACAACGGUGCCUUGAAGCUGGAAGACACCUUGGAACUAUUCAAGCUCUCCAAAGCCCUUGCUGAUAUCAUCAUUCCGCAGGAAUAUGGCAUUAAUAAGGAAGAAAAGCUGGACAUUGCCUACGGAUACUGCCUUCCACUGAUCAAGAAGAUGCAGCUGGAUUUACAAAGGACGCAUGAAGAUGAAUCUGUCAACAAACUGCAUCCACUCUAUUCCAGAGGGGUGAUGUCUCCCGGACGCCAUGUGCGGACACGGUUGUACUUUACGAGUGAGAGCCACGUUCAUUCGUUGCUGAGCUUAUUUCGUUACGGAGGUCUUUUGGGAGAGCUAAAGGAUCAGCAGUGGAAAAGAGCCAUGGACUACCUUGGUGCAGUGUCAGAACUGAACUACAUGACUCAGAUUGUCAUCAUGUUGUACGAGGAUAACAAUAAGGACCCUUCCUCUGAAGAACGGUUUCACGUGGAGCUUCACUUCAGUCCAGGGGCUAAAGGCUGUGAUGAGGAUGAAAACGCUCCCACAGGGUCUGGCUUCCGUCCGGCAUCUGCUGAGAAUGAAGGUGGCUCCAAGACCGAUCAGGGCAGCAUGGAAGACCUUUCAGAGAAUCGAGGGAAUGAUGAUGUGGAUGGAUUUCUUCCGGCAUUGCCAGCCGAGUCUUUUCACACCCACAGGAAGUCUGCCCUGACCAAGGCUCGGAAAAUGGGCUCCAUGGAGGUGCUGUCAGAAAGUUCCCCUAAGUACACUGGAUACCGGCUCUUGGUUCCACCAUAUUCCAAGCAGAUCUCUGACGUGAAGCAGAGCGGACUAGGUUCCCAAUGUGCUGGUUUGUUCAGUACCACAGUACUUGGUGGCUCUUCCAGUGCCCCCAACCUCCAAGACUACGCCCGCUCGCACCGCAGAAAAAGUGGCUCCAGUUACUUUUCUCUGAAGGAUGAAAUGUUGUCUAUGCCAGCCGUUAAAAGAUUUUCUGUCUCGUUUGCAAAGCAUCCGACUAAUGAUAUGUUGGAUAAUCGCUGUGUGGCUCAGUUGCUGAGGCGUCUUUCUGCAGACUACAGUUUCGCCCAGAGUCUAGCCCUUGACUGCGCCUUGGCUCGGCACCUCCAGCAGUGCUCCUACCAUAACCGUCUCUUCAAGAACUGGAUGAUGUCGGAGCAGGAUGAUAUCGACUUCCUCUACGGUUUUGAAGGAUGCUCCAUGGUUCCUUCCAUCUACCCUCUUGAAACACUCCAUAAUUCACUCUCUCUGAAGCAGGUGAACGAGUUCCUAUCAUCCAUCUCAGAAAUUUGUGGAAAAUCCCACGACAGAGCAACAAAAGAGCUUUCAGCCAUGUUUGAGACCAUGGGAAAUAGCCAGGCUGCGGUGGAUUCAUACAUGCCACAACAGGUCCUGCCCUCCUCAGUUACCUCACUCUCCAUACGUCCUCGCUCGGAGAAGCCUCCUUGGUACAGCAGCGGGCCUUCGAGCACCGUGUCGAGCGCUGGCCCGUCCUCGCCCAAUACCUCCGACAACUCGCCCCGCUUUAGCUUCAGCGACAAGUCGUCGCUCACUCCGCAGAGCAGCGAGGAGCAGCAGCAGCAGCAGUCCGCCCAACUAGCAGCUCCAAGCCACAGUCACAAGGAUCUACAGCUGACCGGACAGGCACAGCAAGCCGCCCAAAGUCAACAGCCGUACCAGAAUCACAGCAGCCCACAGGCAUCGGCCAGCGUGACUGGGCAGGGGCAGCAGGCAGUGGAAGGUUUGGUGGAAACCUAACCAGUGGCUUGCUCUGUUGCAUCACACCACAAGCCGUGAGGCAUUCUCUUGAACUUCAGUUGUUAAAAUGACUGAUGCUGUACAGUUUAUACAUCCAGGGAACAUCUGGGGAUAGUCCCUGGCAUUAUUGCAGUACUGUAAAAGUUAGGAGCUAAACACCCCCAUUUUUGGAAGGUGAUCUGGAAUCACCUUGCACCUUUAUACACCAGAAGUGAUUGAUCAAGUGGGGUACAGUACCCCCAAAAAUGUAAUGGAUGGUGUGUUAUUAUCUUGUACGUGUCUCACCCCUAUAACUGUGUACAGAAAACCUGCUGCUUCUUUGUCCAUGCAGUUUGUACAUUUUAAAAGGUUAUUUAAUGAUGGUAUUUUGUAAAUAUAGAAAUAUAAUUCUGGUGGACAUGGCUGAGAUUUUAGAUUCCAAUCUUCUCCUCUGCCCCACAUCUUUGCGACAUUACAAUUGUUAGUGAAGCAGAGAGGGAAUGUGAUCUUUUCCUAGUUUUUUGCUUUCCUAUUCAGAUGUGAUUUUAAAGGGUGUAAAACAUCCCUGGUGUAUGAUCUCCUGUGAGCUUUUGCCCAUGUUUGGUCUCACCUCGAAUAAUCUCGGCCAAGCAGAGGUUGGGAGAAUUUCUUAUCACUUUUAUGAUGGAGUGUCCAAGGUGAAGGAAACAAAGCUCUUGAGAAAGUGGUGAUGAGGUCUCUUUUGGAACUGUUGCAAUUGAUUCAGUAAAGAUGCUUCUGCAUUGUCAUUGGGGAGGUUCCACCUGGAUGUGGACUCUGACAGAGGGAACUGUGAUAUGUUUGUUAGUGGCUUAUAGAAUGGACUCCCAAAAGUCUUUGGCUGUAGAGGUUCAGCUUCAGUGCCCCUAGGCUGGGGAAGCAGGAUAUUAUUAAGCUAAAGACUCUUUUCCUUGAACAAAGAAGACGCUGCACUUGUCAGAUAGACUCCAGUAGCUGUCUCCGAGGUAGACUGGUCACUGGAAAGUUUCCAUGGAAGAAGAGCAGAAGAUCAGGCAGUGCCUGUGGACAGCCAACAUUUCUGCAAGACUAUUUUGCUCCAAGAUCUGCAGCCUCUUGUGUCUCCAUCUUGCUUUUGAACACAUUGCACGAGGUAGUGAAUUAACUGUUCCAAAGAAGCUGCAUCUUUGAAAUAUAUUGGAGAAGCCAAUAUACUUAUGUUUAAAACGUGGUAUCCAUAUCUUAAUGUGAGUUGUGUGCUAGUUGUAGGGGAGAUAUAAAUAUUUUUAAGUGCCUCAUCUGUUGGUAUGAGUUUUGUUUUGGUUAGCAGAACAUAAAGGAACUGUGACUCUUUUUCAGUGCAACCAGGGAACUAUGCCUGGUGUUCUUAGACUUCCAACAUCACUAAAAUAUAAUUUGGUUAUCAUCAUCA